AGUUUUGCUUUUUGGAUUAUUUUAUGAAAUUUUCCCUAGGAAGCCGCACUAUCUUCCUCACCACUCGCCAUCUUCUUUACCAAAACAAGCUUACUCCCCUCGUUGCUCAAACCGCCGCCGUCGAGUCCGUCCACCGCAGGUCACCAGUAAACAACUUCCUCUCCCCCUCGCUCUACCAAUCUGCCUGCCCUACAAUUCUGCCCUCCAGUCGCCAUCUGACGUUGAUCGGCGUCAUCUCUGGAUGCUGGCUAUUGCUGUUGAGACCUGUCCCCAACAGCCACCCGACGUCGGCUGUCGCAGGUCCGCCCUCGCCUUCGCCAAAAAACAGCCGGAUAGCAAGGUUAGACGCAACCUUGGCAUCGAGAUUAGAGGUUGUAACAGAGUUUAGCUCGUUGUCCAGCAAGGUUAAGGACAUUUAAGUGAAUAUUUGUCUGGUUUUGAUUGGUUGUUGGGUUGAGAAUCAUGGAUAUUAAGGUUUUGUCAUUUCCGGGUGAUACCGCUCCAUUCUCCGUCAUUGUGGCUGCCAAGCUUUCUGGUAUCACUUUUUCUGAAGAUUCCUCUCUUGCUUCUGGCUCCGCUCCCACAUUUCUCUUCACUAACGGGUCGAAGUUGCAUGGAACGUUUGUACUUCUACGUUAUAUUGGUCGAGUCAGCAACAUUCCUAAUUUCUAUGGACAGAAUGCAUAUGAGUCCAGUCAGAUUGAUGAAUGGCUAGAAUAUGCUCCUAUCCUUUCGUCCGGUUCUGCAUUUGAGAGCGCAUGCAGUUAUGUUGACAAGUACUUGGAAAGACGCACAUUUCUCGUUAGCCAUUCUUUGUCACUUGCAGAUGUAGCUAUUUGGUCUGGUUUAGCAGGAACUGGGCAACGGUGGGAAAGCUUGAGAAAGUCAACGAAGUACCUAAAUCUUCAACGAUGGUUUAAUUCACUCAUAGUUGAAUAUCGUGAUAACUUGGAUGAUGUCUUAACUACAUAUGUUGGCAAACGAGGCGGAAAGGCCUCAGGAGCUAAAUUGAAGGAUCCACAGGGUCUGAUUCAAAAGCCAAAUGGUGUCAACCAAGACGCAUCUGAUAAGGGGAAAGUGGGAAGCAAAUCUACCUUUGAAGUUGAUCUUCCAAAUGUAGAGAUUGGGAAGGUGCGUUUGCGUUUUGCACCUGAGCCUAGUGGAUAUCUUCACAUUGGGCACUCAAAAGCAGCAUUGUUGAAUCAGUAUUUUGCCCAGAGGUACGAUGGUGAAGUAAUCAUCAGGUUUGAUGAUACAAAUCCUGCUAAAGAAAGCAAUGAGUUUGUUGAAAAUCUUUUGAAAGACAUCGAGACGUUGGGUAUAAAGUACGAAACUGUCACAUAUACUUCAGAUUACUUCCCUCAAUUAAUGGAAAUGGCUGAAAACUUAAUUCGUCAGGGUAAAGCAUAUAUUGAUGAUACUCCACGUGAGCAGAUGCAAAAAGAACGAAUGGAAGGCAUUGAAUCAAAAAAUAGAAGUAAUAGUCCUGAAGAGAAUCUAAGAUUAUGGAAGGAGAUGGUAUUAGGAACUGAGCAGGGUUUACUUUGUUGUCUUCGUGGAAAACUUGAUAUGCAAGACCCUAAUAAAUCUCUUCGAGAUCCAGUGUAUUACCGUUGUAAUCCAAUUCCCCACCAUCGGAUUGGUUCCAAGUAUAAGAUAUACCCAACUUAUGAUUUUGCCUGUCCGUUUGUUGAUUCUAUUGAAGGCAUUACCCAUGCACUUCGGUCUAGCGAAUACCAUGACCGUAAUGCCCAGUACUACCGAAUCCAGAAAGAUAUGGGUCUAAGAAAGGUUCAUAUAUAUGAAUUUAGCCGGUUGAACAUGGUGUAUACUCUUCUCAGCAAGCGUAAGCUUUUGUGGUUUGUUCAAAAUGGGAAGGUUGAUGGGUGGGAUGAUCCUCGUUUUCCAACAGUUCAGGGGAUUGUUCGAAGAGGUUUAAAAGUUGAAGCUUUAAUUCAAUUUAUCCUUGAACAGGGCGCAUCAAAAAAUCUCAACCUCAUGGAAUGGGAUAAACUAUGGACCAUUAAUAAAAAGAUCAUUGAUCCUGUGUGUCCAAGACAUACUGCUGUAAUAGAAGAACGACGUGUGUUAUUGACCCUUGAUAAUGGUCCAGACGUACCAUUUGUCCGUGUAAUACCAAAGCAUAAAAAAUAUGAAGGUGCUGGUGAAAAAUCUACCACUUUCACAAAGAAGAUAUGGAUUGAUCAAGUGGAUGCACAAUGUAUCAAGAUGGAUGAAGAAAUCACCUUAAUGGACUGGGGCAACGCAAUAGUGAAAGGCAUCGAGAAGGAUCAAGAUGGAUUUGUCACACAGUUGUCAGGAAUUUUGCAUCUCGAAGGUUCUGUGAAGACCACAAAGUUGAAGGUCACUUGGCUACCUGAUAUAAACGAACUAGUCACUCUCUCACUUAUGGAGUUUGAUUAUUUAAUCGCAAAAAAGAAGCUAGAAGAAGGAGAGGAUUUUCUUGAUGUAUUAAAUCCAUGCACAAAAAAGGAGACUAUUGCUGUUGGGGAUUCAAACAUGCGGAAUAUAAAGCGCGGAGACAUAUUGCAGUUAGAGAGAAAGGGGUAUUUCCGAUGCGAUGUCCCAUAUGUUAGGCCAUCGAAACCGAUCGUCCUAUUUGCAAUCCCAGAUGGCAGGCAACAAUCUUCUUUGAAGUAAAAUCUCUUUGGCAAUUGAUUAUGAGGAUGGAUGUUCUUGCUCGAUUGAUAUGCAUAUCUUCUUUUUCAUUUUUUUUUGAAAGAUGUGUUCCUAUAUCCUUGUGAUAUCAUAUAAUUUUACUGAAUCAUUUGUUUUAGUUUGUGGUGAGUACGUUAUCCGGCGCUGAAGGAAGAUCAAAUCUAAAACAAAAUAGCAUGGCUACCUGUGGUCUCAUGAUGGCCUUCUU